UCUCCCCCCUACAUUUCCUGUAAAAAGAGUUUAAAGGGAAGUGUCUCGGCAGUCUGCCCUCACUGCUCUCUACUCAAAACUGUGAGGGUUUUAUGCACAGUGGAUUGUUCGCAGGAAACAUGAAUGUUACUGCUGUUAGGGUUCUUGAACAGCCCCAGGAGACUGGAAUGGAGACAGUUUUUGUGGGAGCCUGUAUCAUCAUGGCUGUGUGCUUUGUGGUGGGAACUCCAGGGAACCUGCUGGUCAUAUGGACUAUCGUUAAGCAUGUAAAGCAGUGCUCUCACACUGUGUUGCUCAUCAAGCACUUGGCUGUUGCUGAUCUGCUGGUUGUCUUCACCCUGCCUUUGUGGAUCUACUCACUGGCUUGGUCCUGGGUGUUCAGUGAGGUUAUGUGCAAAGCCAUGGUGUACAUCAUCUAUGCCUGCAUGUAUGCCAGUAUCUUCCUGAUCACCAUCAUGAGUGUGGAGCGUUUCCUGGCUGUCAGGUUCCCCUUCACCUCAGUUACCUGGAGAAAGAAACAGAUGUUAAAUAAGAUCUUGCUGGUCGUAUGGGUUGCAUCCUUUCUUCUCAGCAUUCCGGUAAUAAUCACUCAGACCUUGGAUGAACAUAACGGACAAAUGCAGUGUCUGUUCCGGGAGUAUGAAUCAAAUACACAGGAGGCUGUGCUUCUGCUCUUGGAGACUUUGGUGGGCUUUGUGAUCCCCUUUUUCAUCCUGGUUCUCUGCUAUGGCUGCCUCUAUAGUCGAAUCACCGAGAUGAGCUUCAGGUCGAAACGCAAGUCUACACUGCUGAUUGCCAGCGUCGUGGUGGUGUUUGCUCUCUGCUGGAUCCCACACCACAUUACCAACCUUCUGUCUUUGGUGCAACUUGUCGAAGUGAGAGAAAAUAUUAAAGAUGUUAUUGAUGCCAUGUACAUGAUCUCUAGCUCACUUGUCUUUGUGAGCAGCACCAUCAACCCAGUGCUGUAUGUUUUUGCAGCACGGAGCUUUCGCACUUCACUGAGGGACACAGGUAUCCACAAGCUGUUUCGCCACCUGUCCAGUACAGCGACUGGUGAAGGCAAUAGAGAACUGUCAUUUGUGUCCAAAAGGCAAAGCUCUCAGACUAAUACUUCUCAGUGUUGCAUGGAGUCCAAAGCACAAAUAGACCUACUUGUGGACAUAUGCAACAAUGCUGCUAGUGACGAGAAUGUGUGACGGUACAGAAAUUGGCUAGUAAGUAUUAUGUAAAAUUAGAUGACAAUUAUAUGAAGUCAAAUUAAAUUAGAUGAUCUGUAAAUGUAUAUAUAAUAGCACAAUGGAGGAUACUGAGACUGGCACUUGACUAAACACAUUUUUAAUUAAAAAAAAAGGAGGAAGGACAUUUUCUACAGGACUGGGUAAAAAACUAUGUAUCCUAAGGAUUAAAUCCGAUGGAGAAUGUGCAAUCUUCAAAUGUAUUACAUCUUUACAAUUUUUCUUUCUGAGCAAUGCAUACUGGUUUUAAGGCAAAAGAAGAAUGUACAAAUACUAAAAAGGAAAGCUAAAAUACAUUUUCACAAUGGGAUUUUCACCUGAAUUGUUCUUGAUGGACUGCACUUAUCAUAUGCCCUCAGAAUAUUAAAAUUUGUUUAAAAUAAUUGGUAAACUCAUGUCUAUGUAUUUAUGUAUGCAAUCUAUGUAUGUAUAUAUCAAUGUGUAUGUAUUUUUUUACACCAUUUUCCAAUUACA